AUGGCUACUAAAAGAUCAAAUCCAUUCAUCGAAGACUUCGUGCCGCAAAGCAAGGUUCAUGUAGGUUUAAAACAGUUUAAUAACAACGAAGACAGGCUGAAGAAAGUGUAUGAAAAAACAUUGGAAUUGCUCUUUAAGGGAGCAAAAAAGUCGUCAAAUCUUGAUUCUAUAAGUACUCAAACAAUAGCUGCAAUUUGUAAAAAAGAUGGAAUGAAACAGCUAGUCAUUGGUAAAGAUGGUUGUCUUCUUAAUUCAGAAGAAACACAGGUUCAAGCAAAGCUAACAGCAGUACAACAGUGCAGCUGUGGCAAUACAAAAACUGAAGUGAACUGUACGUACUGUGAAUACUGUGAGAGAGUGCUUUGUAUUAUGUGUCAGCAUUGUUGUGCCCGCUGCGAGAAGUAUCACUGUUCACAAUGUUCUCUUAUUGGCAGCCCGCACCUGCACCCGCCCGCCUCCCCGGAAGCCCAUUGCCCGGCUGGAUUACAGCGAUCACCGAACAAGCGGGAGUCCGGAUUACCGAGGUCGGAAGGCUCGCAAAUAUGUGUAUCUUGUUAUGGUUAG